AUGAAGAAUAAUUUCGAUUACACUGUUCUCAAAUCCACGAGAAAAUGGUGGUAUAUUCGAUGUAAGGAUGCAUUGUGCAACUGGACUGUGCGUGCAGAAGGUAUAGAUGGGUCUACAUAUUUCAUGAUCAACCAAUGUGAGGGAAGACAUUCAUGUGCUCUUUCAAAGAAAAGGAAAUUCGGAAAAACAGCAUCGGCAAGAACAAUUGGGACUCUGAUACAACAUCGAUUUGAUGAUGCUAACGAUGGCCCAAAAGCAAAUGACAUCAUUCAAUUUAUGAGAUUGGAGCAUAGUUGUGAGAUUACUUAUUGGCACACUUGGGAAGCUCGUGAGUUUGCUAUUGCAGCUGCUAGAGGUAUACCAUAUCGUAGUUAUGCUAAAAUAACAGCAUAUUUGCAUAUGAUUAAAGAAGCUAAUCCUAGUACGCAUACUCACUAUGAAACUAAUGAGAAGGGAAGAUUCAUGUAUCUAUUUAUUUCAUUUGGGCAAUCAGUUAGAGGAUUCUACAAUGCAAUGCGAAGGGUGAUUGUCGUUGAUGGAACUUUUCUGAAAAAUAAAUACAAAGGGACACUUCUUGUUGCUACUGCUGUAGAUGGUAACUCUAAUUUGUAUCCGAUUGCAUUUGGGGUUGUUGAUUCAGAGAAUGACGAUUCAUGGGAGUGGUUCUUCAGACAGUUGAAAGUGGUUAUUGCUGAUUGUCAAGACCUAGCUUUUGUCUCAGAUAGAAAUGCGUCUAUUUCUAAAGCUAUUGGGACUGUCUACCCUCGAUCAGCACAUGGAAUUUGCAUUCAUCACUUAUUGACCAAUGUGGUUGCAUUUUUCAAGACAAAAGGGUUGACUGCCUUGGUGGAAAAGGCUCCACGGGCAUAUAGGUACACUAAAUUUCAAGAACGUAUCACCGAAAUUUUUGAUAUGAGUCCUGAGCUUGGAAGAUAUCUACGGGAGGCUGAUGUACGCAAAUGGGCUCGUUCUCUCUUCCCUGCCUCCAGGUAUGACAUUAGGACCACGAACCCUGCAGAGUCGAUAAAUUCAGUUCUUAGAAUACCUAGAGAAUAUCCGGUUAUUCCUUUGCUUGAUAGUAUAAGAGAACUGUUGACUCGAUGGUUCUAUGAGCGUCGCUUGUUAAGCUCAAAGCAUCUAGAUCCUUUAACCGCUAAGGUGGAGAGAAAGAUUGAUAGGAGAAUUGUGAAGGCAAAAGGAUUCCAGGUUUACAAGGUUGACAACUUCAGAUCGGUUGUAAAAGGAGACAUAUAUGAUUGUCAUGUUGAUUUGGAAAGAAGAACAUGCACAUGUGGGAAGUAUGAUAUAGGAAAAAUUCCUUGCCGACACGCCAUUCCUGCAAUUUAUUCACGAGGUAUGGAAGUAUAA